AUGCCACAGCAGAAGAAAGAUAUGAUGGCUUCUCUACUCAAGUCCCAUGCCAACAAGGCUUUACAAAUUGACGAUGUCAUCAAAGGAAAAGGGAAAGGACUGGUCUUCCUCUUACAUGGCCCUCCAGGAGUCGGCAAGACCCUCACAGCAGAAAGUGUAGCAGAUUGCUACCAAAGGCCUCUAUGCGUUUUAGGUGCAGGUGACCUGGGAGGCUUUGGCGCUCGUGUUGAGAAGAAGCUCGAUCAAGCGAUGCGAUUGGCUGUAAGAUGGGACGCUGCAUUACUCAUAGACGAAGCCGACAUUUUCAUGGAAGAGAGGAAGGAGAAUGAGAUCCUCCACAACGAGCUUGUUUUAGUACUACUGCGGUGCGUCGAAUAUUAUCAAGGCGUCAUGUUCCUGACUACAAACCGCAUGGGUUCCAUCGAUCCAGCGUUCAAACCGCGCAUACACCUCGCCUUGUCACUCCCUCCACUAUGCAUCGAUGACCGAAAACGCCUAUGGGAAAGAUUUCUCGUCAACGCCACUGGGGGCCGCCCCAAAUUCCUUACCGCGAAAUACAUGGACAAAAUUGCAAGGGAAAACAUCAAUUGCCGCGAAAUAAAGAAUAUUGUGCGUCUGUCGUUUGCUUUGGCAACCAGUGCAAACCGUCAAUUACGAUCCAACGAUGUCGAUGAGAGCCUGCAGUCACUCAAAUCGUUCGAGAAGGACUUUGAGGACGCGCAGAACGAUAAAAAGAGGACUGCCGAAUUUGAGUCCCAACGAAACCCCAAGCGUGUAAAGAAGCAGUUCUUCGGCCUCGUUUAA